UCCACAGUCCGCGCCCUCGCCCUAUAUAUCGGCUAGAGCAAGCUUGCUCUUCUGAUUUAACAUGUUGAGCCUUCCAUCCGACAUCCAGUUGCUCAUCCUUGACCAUAUCAAGCUUCCCUCUCACCUUAAAGCGCUCUGCUUAACAUGCCGCCACCUCCGCGCCCUUACCACGCCGCGACUGUACAAGAAGAUCACCAUUGAUCUCGCUACCUAUGACGACGUACCGAGGUUCUUCAGAUGCAUGACAGCCGGGGGUGGAGCGCAUCUAAAGGACACAAGAUGCCUUACUCUGCUGGAUGACGCACUCCCUCCCGAGGCGGACUCCUUGCAACCUAACCGCCUGAACUUCGAUCAGCCGCCAGGACCUCCCCAAGACGAAGCUACGAAUAGAGUAAUUUCGCCCGAGAUGUCGACGAAAGUAGGCCUGAUACUACAUGUUCUUCCACGGAAUUGCCUGCAUACAUUUCGGUUCCAGUCCAUUAAGUCGCUGGACGCCACACUCAUGGGAAAGAUCGAUGAGUAUCAGUCACAAUCCUUGCAGUAUAUACAUGUCACAUUCGGGUAUUCCUACGUCUAGGAAAAUUUCACCAACCUGCGGACCGUUGAUCUCUACAUUCCUAAAAUGAGUAGAGGGUCAGCCGUCCUGACGUAUCAAAGAGUGUUUCAGUUGCCUGGGCUCGAACGC